GAGCCGAUUGCCUUGCGCUUCCCCCAAAGUUCAUCAGCCGCCCCCUCCGCUUCUGGGGGUCCCCGUCCUUUUCCUUCCUCUUACGACGCUCUUUCCCUCUGUCGCAGCACGGCCCGCUCCCAACCAAGCAUCACGGCUUCAACUUUUGCAUCACGCGCUCUCCGCCGACAACCAGCACCGCGGCUUGCUUCCCCAAGCUUUUAGCGGUCAUUGGGCUGACGUGCAUCCGGUCCACGCCAAGACGUCGUCCGCGUUCCAGUCUGUUUUUGCGCCCGCGCGCGGGGAGGCUGAACCUUCGGGCCAGCUGUUGAUUGGGAAAAAUUUCCUCCAUCACCAGCCCGGCCAGCCCUCUCAUCCGCCUACGCAUCGCCAAUUGUCAAAUCCAUCGCAUCUCUGCCCAUCCCAUCGCCUAACUGCGACCAUAAAGAGGGGGGAGAUAAAUUCGGAUCAUCCGACCAGAACACCAUGUCGAUGUAUCCCGGCCAUCGAGGUAUGGGGGGCGUCCCCCCUGCCAAUGGCGGCGCCGGCCGUCUGAAUGAGCUCCUCGACCAGAUCAGGGCCGAGUUCGAAUCGCAUAUUCGACAAACCGAGACCUACGAGCAUCAAAUCCAAGCUCAGGUACAAGAGAUGCAAAUGAUACGUGAGAAGGUCUAUCAGAUGGAACAGGCCCAGAUGGGUCUCAAACAAAAAUAUGAGGAGGAGAUUGCCAUGUUGCGCCGCCAACUGGAGAAUCGCGGAGGUCCCCCGGGCCCCAUGAACCCGCCUCCUCAGCACGUCGGCCCUCCUCAGCCGCCCCCGCAGAUCGGCAAUCCAGGGAACAACACGGUCAUUGGGGCCAUCCUCUCUGGGCAAGUCACGCAAGGCGGCCUGGCUCCUCCGCCGCACCCGCAGCAACAGGAGCAGCAACCUUCCCACUUGCCCCCUGCACCUCCUGGGCUCCAGGGCCCGCCGCCCCCGCCUCCCCCGCCGUCCCAGCAGCCUCCGUUCCAGCAGCAGUAUCCCCAGGGUCCUGCACCGGGCGGCUUCCCUCCCCAGCCUCCGCAGAGCACCGCGUCCCCGGGCCCGGGCAACAAGCGAGCCAUCGGUAGACCUCCGGCAGCCGGCCCGGCCACGCCGCAGAUCAACACUCCGGUUCCGUACAACGGACCCGGUCAGUCUCCUCAGGUUCCCACUCACCCGACGCCCGACCACACGAGGAUGGCGCAGCACCCCGCUCCUCCCCCGGCUCAUACCAAUGCCCUUGGCGAUCUCGAGCUCGAGCGUCUGCCGAACCACAUCAAGAAGGUCCGGGACGACUGGUGGGCCAUCUUCAACCAGAGCGUGCCCCGCGUCCUGGACGUGGACCUCGUCCACACGCUCCAGCAUGAGAGCGUCGUCUGCUGCGUGAGGUUCAGCCACGACGGCAAGUACGUCGCGACGGGCUGCAAUCGGUCGGCCCAGAUCUACGAUGUCAACACGGGCGAGAAGAUCUGCGUCCUCCAGGAUGAGAGCAUCGACCUCAAUGGUGACCUCUACAUCAGGAGCGUUUGCUUCAGUCCGGAUGGCAAGUAUCUCGCUACCGGAGCCGAGGAUAAGCUCAUCAGGGUCUGGGAUAUCGCCGCGAGGCAGAUCCGUACGACGUUUGCCGGCCACGAUCAGGAUAUCUACUCGCUGGAUUUCGCCCGCGAUGGACGUACCAUCGCGUCCGGCAGUGGAGAUAGGACUGUCAGGAUCUGGGAUCUGGAGACGGGCAGUUGCAACUUGACGCUCACCAUCGAGGACGGCGUUACGACCGUUGCCAUCUCGCCCGACACCAAGCUCGUCGCAGCCGGCUCUCUUGACAAGAGUGUCAGGGUGUGGGAUGUGAAGAUGGGAUACCUCCUUGAGCGCCUCGAGGGCCCCGACGGCCACAAGGACAGCGUGUAUAGCGUUGCCUUCUCGCCGAACGCGCGGGAGCUCGUCAGCGGCAGUCUGGACAAGACGAUCAAGAUGUGGGAACUGACGACUUCGCGUCAGAUCGGCCACGGCCAGCAGCCCCCUCUCAAGGGCGGCCGCUGCAUCAAGACUUUCGAGGGCCACCGGGACUUCGUUCUUAGCGUCGCUCUCACCCCCGACUCGGAAUGGGUGCUCUCGGGAUCCAAGGACCGCGGCGUCCAGUUCUGGGACCCGCGCACCGGCCACACCCAGCUGAUGCUCCAGGGACAUAAGAAUUCCGUCAUCUCGGUGGCGCCGAGCCCAGUCGCCAGCCCGACCGGCGGCUUCUUCGCCACCGGCUCCGGUGACAUGCGCGCUCGCAUCUGGUCGUAUACCCGCCUGGACAGAAGACCAUAGACUGGCGCAGCCUCAAGGGGGGAACACACCGGCGCAGAGCCGUCUGGGUCUGGCAGCGUUCGCGCAGAAUGAGAGCGUACCGCCAGACGCGGCCCCUGGCCCGCUGCCGCUCAGUCUUAAGUCUUGGGAAGCGCAUAACCAAGCCACUUCCACG